AUGGAAGGGGAAGGUGUAAAACCCUACUCUUUUGAACCUAAAUACACGGCAGAAGAAAUUCUAGAGAGGCGACGCCGACGGCAAAGUCAAAAUGCCAGUGCACCACCAUCCCCACCGGCUCCGGAUCCAGAGGGUGAUCGACUUGACAAUAACGACUGGUGUUUUUGUGGUGAAUGCACACCAAUGGAAACUGUAUUGCAAUCUCGAUGUUGCGUGGAGCUUGCCAACUGUCGAACACAUUUAAAUGAAAGUAUACCAUGCAUUACAGCCCACCCGGACUUCAUGAAAGUUUGCCUUGAAAAGGCGGUCCUGCGAACUGCACUGGUUGCUCGUCUUGAUACUAGAGGGCUUGAUGUCAGGAACAUACCGGCUGAGCUUGAAAAUGAGUAG